AUGGAACUCGAUCCAAAUUCUCCCGAUUGGGACGUUGAUGUGUGCAAAACGGUCGAAUUUGUGCAUCGGUGUAUCACCAUGUUGGUCGCCUCUGAUGCCCCCGAGCUCGCUUUGCGUCUAUUUCUCAAAGCUGCCUUGGUUAUUGAUCAAAUCGAUUUCAGCAAACGGGAGUCUAUGGCCUACGAGUUCGUAUCUCAAGCUCUCACUCUCUACGAAGAAGGUGUUCCCGAAGCUCGUGCUCAAAUUGACGCCAUCACUCUGAUCACAAGUACUCUGUGUCAGAUGCGCUGUUUCGGUGAUGAGGAUCGACGAACACUACACACACAGUGUACCCGUGCCGCGGCUCAUCUGCUUCGUAAACACGACCAGAGUCGUGCGGUCGCUGCCACCGCCCAUUUGCACUGGCCGGUUCCAGUGUUCUCUCGAUCCGGCACCAAGCCAAGUGUCCUAAUCAGUGUGACCGAUAAGUCUGAGCAACAAUUCAUCAUGCCAAGUCGAUCGGAGAAAAUAUCGACCGAACGAUUGAAUGCGGUAUGUGCUCUCUUGUAUCCAUUUGAAUAUAGAUAUAUAUACUUGGGUGAACAAAUGUAA